AUGGAGCCUGACGUUGAGAAGGUUCCUACGGGCGAUAAGGCUGACCCUUCGGUCAAUCUCUCGCCCGUCGAUUAUACGCCUCCGCCUAAACGACCCCUGAAGCAUAGGAUUGGCGCCGUCAUCUGGGACUCUCUGGACAAGACACCGGAAGAGCGCAAAUUCAUUGCGAAGAUUGACUGGUGGAUUAUGAGCUACUGCUGUGUUGCGUAUUUCGUCAAGUAUCUGGACCAGACGAAUGUCAGCAAUGCCUACGUUUCGGGUAUGAAGGAGGACCUGGUCAUGGCUGGCAACGAUCUCAACCUGUUGACGACCUUCUGGACCGUUGGCUACAUCGUGGGCCAGGUCCCGUCUCAGCUGAUGUUGACCAAAGUUCGUCCCUCGAUCUGGUUGCCCAGUCUGGAGAUUGCCUGGAGCUUGUUCGUCAUUGGUAUGGCCGGCGCCAAGAACACCAGCACGCUAUGUGCUCUUCGUUUCUUUGUCGGUCUCUUGGAGGCUUCGGCGUAUCCGGGUAUCAUGACAUUACUUGGCAACUGGUACACACCGAUGGAGCUGGGCAAGCGAUCCUGCAUCUUCCAAGCUUCCUCGAGUGCAGCACAGAUGUUCUCCGGAUACUUGCAAGCCGCACUAUACAGUGGUAUGGAUGGCAGAGCCGGUCUUCGAGCCUGGCGUUGGCUCUUUGUGUUUGAUGGCAAGUCAACCCCCCCUGAGGCCUUGCAGGAUGGCCGCGGAAUCAUCGGCAUUCCCAUCGCCAUGUAUGGCUACUGGGCCAUCCCCGACGCGCCCACCGAUUCGAAGGCUCGGUGGCUCAAGGGCGAAGACCGCGACCGAGCAAUCGGUCGCAUGGAAAGCUGCGGCCGUGAGCCCAUGAAGAAGCUCACCUGGAAGAUCAUCCGCGAGAUCGCCACUUCCUGGCCAGUCUAUCUCUUCUGCUCCAUCUUCAUCGCCCACGUACUCGGUAUUCGGAUAUACUCCUACAUGAACCUAUGGCUCAAGGCAACACACCAAUACACGACGGAAGAGAUCAACAUCAUCCCCACCGCCGGAUAUGGUGCCCAGAUCGUAUCCACGAUAAUAUAUGCCUGGACGAGUGAUGCCAUUCAGAGCCGCUGGGAGAUCAUCAUCGUCGCCUGCCUCAUUGCAAUGGCGGGAAACAUCAUCCUCUCCGUCUACCCAGAGCAUAACACAUCGGCGAUGAUGGCUGGCUGGAUGCUCACCUUUCUAGAGACCGGAGCUGGUGGUCUGAUCAUCACCUGGAUCAACGAAAUCUGCUCGCACUCGGCUGAGCAUCGCGCCAUGAUCAUUGGCGUCGUCGAGACGGCAGCAUACACUUUCAACGCCUGGGUUCCGCUGCUCAUCUACAACACCGGUGAGGCGCCCCAUUUCUCCAUCGGGUACGAGAUGGCCGCCAUGUUUUUUGCGAUCGAAAUCGUGCUCACGCUUGCCAUACUAUACUGUUCCAAGAAGUGGCCGCAGGGAAGGAAAGGGGAGGUGGCCGGUACGCCAGGCGAACCAGAUGCCGGCAUGUGA